GAAUAGACCAAUGGAGUGAGGAGGAAUCGCGUUGAGCUUUUCCAUUCUUCGCAGUGAGCUCCCUCAAGUCGUCGCCUCUCUCUCUAUUUUUUCCGAUCUCCUUCCCUCGAUUCGUCGCCGGAGACGUCUUUCUCGUCUCAAGAUCCGUUGGUUUAACAGGCCAGCCAAGCCCGAUCGUUCAUUCAAGACGGUUCUUAUCCGUGAUCUUGAUCUGAAUCCCUCCAUCGGAUUCGGAGCCGCUCGCGCUUGCCCUACCCUUCUCCAGCGACAUGGGUACCUAUCCUUGGAUUUCUCUGCUUUUUGCGUUCGGGUUCUUGUUUAACCAGCUAGAUGCCAGCGCCGGCGACGCGGAUCCGCUCUAUCGAAACUGUGUGGAGCAAUGUGAAAGAACAGGAAUAAUUGGUGACCAAACAAUCCAGCACUGCCAGUAUUCCGGGAAUGAUAUGCCUUCCAACAGUUCAUGGUAUAUGCAAGAGCCACUUUAUUUGCAGUGGAAGCAACUGAACUGCAGGAGUGACUGUCGAUACUACUGUAUGGUGCAGAGAGAAAAUGAGCGGGAAAAACACGGCCUAAACCCUCACAAAUACCAUGGAAAAUGGCCUUUUAAACGUGUUUCUGUUUUCCAGGAGCCAGUUUCUGCUAUCUUUUCAGCGCUCAACUUAUUGACGCAUUUCAUUGGUUGGCUGACAUUUUUCAUCCUUGUGAAUUACAAGUUGCCUCUAAGGCCUCAGAGUCGGAGGACCUAUUAUGAAUACACUGGCUUAUGGCAUAUAUAUGGCUUCUUAUCGAUGAACGCAUGGUUCUGGAGUGCAAUAUUUCAUACCCAAGAUAUUGACUUGACAGAAAAAUUGGAUUAUUCGUCUGCAGUUGCAGUACUCGGAUAUUCACUCAUUUUGUGUUUACUGAGGGUGUUCAAUGUAAAGGAUGAAGCUUCAAGAGUUAUGUUUGCUGCCCCAAUUUUAGCUUUUGUGACAACUCAUAUCUUGUACCUCAACUUCUAUGAAAUGGAUUACGGGUGGAACAUGAAAGUGUGUCUUGUGAUGGGCAUUUCUCAGCUUCUGAUAUGGGCAGUCUGGGGCGGUGUAACUCGUCAUCCCUCGCGCUUCAGGCUGUGGACGGCUGUAUUCGGAUGUGCUCUCGCAGUGCUUUUGGAGGUAUAUGAUUUCCAUCCAUUUCAUGGGUAUGUCGAUGCCCAUGCGUUGUGGCAUGCCACAACUAUUCCUCUCACAUAUCUUUGGUGGAGCUUUGUCAAGAAUGACGCUAAGUUCAGGACAUCAACUCUCGUGAAGAAGGCUAAGUGAUUUGCUCCAGUUGCCACCUUCGUUGAAGGUCUAUGGAAUCAUGCAGGUAGGAGAAACUCAUAAUCUAGUGAUUUGAUGGAUUUUAAAGUUUUAUCACAGCUUCCUUUUCGUGUCAAUGGCUGAAUCUAUUUCUUCCAGAGAUUGUCCUGAAUGAGCUUGACGCUAUGGAUUUAUUUAGUUUUGUAGAGACGAAGUACAUUUCUUCUUCAGCUGAAAUUACGUAUGUACAAGACUCUUUGUCC